CUCUCUCUCUCUCCGGCAGUCUGCUGGAGCUCCGCACGAGGAUUAGAGGCUUGCUGUGGUGUCAGACAGAAGACUGAGCAUACAGUUCUCCAGAAGAUUAGGGGGUCGUAGUGGACAAAUUGAAUUUGGUCAUUCAUCUCGUUUCCAAGCGGUCGGCACCUUAUUGCUGAGAUUUGACCUGACUGAUAAACCACAGGGACUACCUUCUGGACCUCCACACGGGGAGCCAUGUGAGCUGCACCCCACUUCCCCAACACUCUAAGCUGGAUCCCUCCCCAUCCCUGGAUCAUCCACCGUCUGGACUCCCGUAGAGGGAAUCUCUGGGCCGGUUGCCCCUUGGAGCCACUCUUCUCGGGGGACUGGUUGGGGUGUGAGUGCCCCCCUGGUCUGGAGGCCCGCCGGCAGCACUCCAGCACCAUGGAUUACCUGUUUGGCUUUGUGGUGCUGCUGUGCGGGGCGGUGCAGCCGGGAGUAGGACUCGAGCCCAAGCACAACGUCCCCAGGCUAAAGCUGUCAUACAAGGAGAUGCUGGAGUCCAGCAACCUGGUGAACUUCGGCGGCGUGGCCAACAGCUCCGGCUACGACACCUUCCUCCUGGACGAGGAGCGAGGACGACUCCUGGUGGGCGCCGAGGACCACGUCUUCUCCUUCGACCUGGUCCACAUCAACAGGGGCCACAGACAGAUCGCCUGGCCCGCCACCCCCUCCAAGCGGGACGAGUGCAAGUGGGCGGGGAAGGACCUCGGGAAAGAGUGCUCCAACUUCAUCCGCGUGCUCCAACCCUACAACCAGACCCACCUGUACAUCUGCGGCACCGGAGCCUUCCAUCCCAUCUGCGCUUACCUGGAAUUGGGCAAGAGAGCUGAGGACAGCGUCUUUCGCCUCGUCCCCCAUUUCGAGAACGGCCGCGGGAAGAGCCCCUACGACCCCAAAAUGCUCUCGGCGUCGCUUCUCAUAGACGGGGAGCUGUACUCGGGCACGUCGGCCGACUUCAUGGGCCGGGACUUUGCUAUUUUCCGGACGCUGGGCGAUCAUCAUCCCGUCAGAACGGAGCAGCACGACUCCAGGUGGCUUAAUGAUCCGAGAUUCGUCGGGGUUCACUUGAUCCCUGAGAGCGACAACCCCGAGGACGACAAGAUCUUCCUGUUUUUCAAAGAGAACGCCAUGGACGGCGAGCACACGGGCAAGGCCACCAUCGCCCGCAUCGGACAACUGUGUAAGAACGACAUGGGAGGUCACCGCAGUCUGGUCAACAAGUGGACCACCUUCCUCAAGGCCCGGCUCGUGUGUUCCGUGCCGGGGGUCAACGGCAUCGACACGCACUUCGAUGAACUACAGGACGUGUUCCUGAUGAGCGCCAAGGACCCCAAGAACCCGGUCAUCUACGCCGUCUUCACGACGUCCAGCAACAUCUUUAAAGGCUCGGCGGUGUGCAUGUACAACAUGGCCGACAUCAGGAGGGUCUUCCUGGGUCCGUAUGCCCACAGAGACGGACCCAACUACCAGUGGGUGCCCUUCCAAGGCAGGGUGCCCUACCCACGACCUGGCACUUGUCCGAGCAAGACUUUUGGCGGCUUCGACUCCACCAAAGACCUCCCAGAUGAUGUCAUCACCUUCGCCAGGGGCCACCCGGCCAUGUACAACCCCGUGCACCCCAUCGGCGGGCGCCCCAUCAUGGUGCGCACGGACGUGGGCUACCAGUUCUCCCAGCUGGUGGUGGACCGCGUGGAGGCUGAGGACGGGCAGUACGACGUGAUGUUCAUUGGCACGGACGUAGGAACGGUGCUGAAGGUGGUGACCAUCCCCAGAGAGAGCUGGCAUGACCUGGAGGAGGUGGUGUUGGAGGAAAUGACCGUCUUCAGGGAGCCAACUACCAUCACUGCCAUGGAGCUGUCAACCAAACAGCAACAAUUAUACUUGGGCUCGUCGCUGGGCGUCUCCCAGAUGCCCCUGCACCGCUGCGAGGUGUACGGCAAAGCCUGCGCCGAGUGCUGCCUGGCUCGGGACCCCUACUGCGCCUGGGACGGCGCCGAGUGCUCCAGAUACUUUCCCACCGCCAAGAGGCGCACCAGACGACAGGACAUCAGGAAUGGAGACCCGCUUUCCCAGUGCUCAGACCUGCAGCAUCACGAUGACGUGGAUGGUGGUGGCGGUGUGGGCGGCGUGGAGGACCGUGUGGUGUACGGCGUGGAGAACAGCAGCAUGUUCCUGGAGUGCAGCCCCAAGUCCCAGCGGGCGCUCAUCUACUGGCAGCUGCAGAGGCCCGACGACGAGCGCAAACAGGAGAUCAAGCUGGACGACAGGUUGCUCCGCACGGACCAGGGCCUGCUCAUCCGCAGUCUUGCCCAGGCUGACACGGGCGUCUACCACUGCCAGGCGGUGGAGCACGGCUUCAUUCAGCCUCUCCUGCGCCUCAACCUCCAGGUCAUUCCCUCCCAGAGGCUGGGAGACAUCCUGACGGGGCUCCCCGCAGUUGGGGCGGCCCCCUCGGGCAAGCAGCGGGUGUGGUACCGGGAUUUCCUGUCUCUCCUGGAUCACCCGGACCUCAACAGCGUGGAGGAGUUUUGCGACCGGGUGUGGAAGAAGGAACGCAAGCAGAAGAAGGCGAAGGCGCCUAACGCCAACCCGUCGUUACGGCCCAAGUCUGCGGCUCCUAACUCUCAGAAGCAGCAGCAGGCGAGUCCGGCGCAGGCCAAAGCGUGGCUCCAGGCUGGAGCGCCGACAGCGGACGCUAACCAGAAACUGGGCAUGCUCAGCGUCCAGGCGCCCAAGAACCAACCCAAAACGCAAAGCAGCCAAAAGGGGCAGUCCGCCCUCACCCAAAGUGCUCCUCGGGCGGGAGGGCAGCAGCAGCAGCACACCGCCAAGUGGAGACGCGUGCAGGAGAGCAAGAAGGGACGCAACAGGAGGACCCACGAGCUGCAGAGACCCCCGCGUAGUGUUUGAGACCUGGCAAAAAGAAGCACAAAGAUGAGCGCACACAACACACACAUUGUAGAGAUUGUUUGGGAUUCUCUCCAUACACGCUGCUUCAAAGACAGGAAGAGCGAGUAAAGUGGAAAAAGGACACGUCCACGUCCUGUACAAAAGCUACUCAGAUAAGCCGCACAACAAACUGUGACUUGGAUGCUUCAAAGUAAAAAACAAAAAGCACAUUCUCCACGACCUUUUGACUUGAGCAUGUGAACCCCACCUAGUGACAAAAAACUCUUAUUUUGAAGAGCCUUCCAUGUGUCAUUACAGCAUCACAUGCAGACCAACAAAAAAAAAGCAGGAAAAGAAUUGUGCAUGUUGUCCAUGAUUUAAUAAGCUAGUUAUUUUAUGGAAUUUUAGAGCCUUUUUCUUGGUAUUUUCUUUUAUAUUGACUUUCCUACCCAAACCUUCAACAGCAUCACUGUAGUGGUCUCAUCCCCCGCGCCCGUGUAACUUAUUACAUUACACGCUCAUUCUGUGUACAAAUACACAACAAACUUCACUCUGUGUAUGUACAGUACACCUGAUCCUUAUUUAUUGCUCGUUUUUGUGAAAGGGGUGCAUUUAUUUUUGAUUUAUGCUAUUUUGGGGGCGUCAUCAGCGUAUUAGAAAGGGAAACUUCGGACCAACUGACAUAGUAAUCCAGAACAUACAUUAAAAAAGACCCAGCAAUAAUAAGCACAACACAUGUUUUUAGUUCCCAUCCUUCAUGUGUAAGCUCAUCUUCCCCCCCCCCCCCCCC